UUUUGCGGAGAGCCGCAAGCUGCUUCCUUCGGGAGCCCAGGCGCGCCACCUGCGCAGGGACGCAGUCGCCUUCCAGCAGCGUCGGGAAAAUGCAGGUGGCGCCUCAGCUACUGCUUCUAGCGGCUGCAGCGGCCUAUCCGGUACUCGGCUAUCCCAUUGUGCCGAGGGCCCUCCAGCGCUACGGCUCUAUAGACGGACCCGUAUGGGGCGACCCAUAUGAGGCUGGCAGCGAAUUGACGGACAACAGAAUAAGUUCGGAGAACGACAGGGGCGAAGCAGUAGUGUUCGAGACGAGAGAGAGGGACAGGGAGGUAGAGGGGAUCCUGGAGAAGCCGCUGGAGUCGCUGCUGGACGAGGGGGUGGUGGCGGAGCUGGAGGCGCUGGGCGAGCCGCGGCUGGAGGCGCUGCUGCGCGGCCCGGCGCGGCUGCUGGUGGCCCGGCCGGCGGAGGUGCGCGCGGCGCUGGGGCGGCCCGUCUACGAGACGCUGAGCGUGCGCGCCGCGCACCUGCUGCGCCAGCUGCCCGCGCGCGUGCUGAUGGCGCUGCGCCGCCUGCUGCGUCUGCCGCUGCGCGACGUGCUGCGCGCCGACCCCAGCCUCGAGCCGCUGCUGCGCAGCUUCAUCAACGCGCCUGACAGGCCCGUCACCUGCGCGCCCGGCCAGGGCGUCGCCAGCGACGGCACCUGCCGCGACAAGUGGAAGCGGCACACCAGAUGAGGAAGAUUCUGCGAGCGGCAAAGAAUAUCUGUUACCAUAGAAUGUCUGUUACCUCCGAAACUGAAAGAAGAAAAGAGAUAAUUGUGUAAUGAAAGGAAAAUGAAUUCUUUAAGGAAUCUGAAGAAAUGUUUGUGUCGCAAAGUAAGAAGUAGGAAAAAUGAAAAGACUGUUCUGUGAGAAAUGAAAUCGUUUGUCCAAAGAAGACAUUACUAUUUCUACUUUCUCAAAUGUGUUUUUGUAGCUGCAACAUCGAAGUUUCGCACUCACAAUAAAAUAUUUAGUUGUUUGAAAA